UCCCAUCUGGCAGAGGAGUCUAGCUCCCUAAAUCUUUUUGUUGGUUAGUUUCCAUGGCAGUUAUUGUCUGUGUGUGUGAGCGUGUCCGCCCCCUCACCCGCUCUCCUAGCAGAUCGGGCCUUUGCAGCUGAGACUGAGUGGAGGGAGAGGCGCUGAGACACCGGGGCUCUGAAGAGCUGGCUGAGGCCCUCCUGGUGGGGGGUUACGCCUCCUGGAGCUCAGAGACCCCAAGUUUCUGCGCAUUCAGAGCGGGGCUGGCCCCAUGCCCUGUGCAUAGGGGCCUGGCUGCAUCCCGGUCGAUCAGCCAGAGGCAGCAGCAAUGGACUCAUCAAUUGUGGAGGAAACCUUGGGGACCCUGGGGACCUUGCCAGCUCUGUUCCCAGCCUGCUCCUAGGACAGCCUCAGAGCCAACACCUGCUCACCCUCUCCAGGCCCCUCCCCUUCUUUGUCCUUUGCAGAUGAUCUCUGGGUGUCCUCCUUUUCCCCCUAGUCAGACAAGGUGAGUGCUCCCCCGGGGACCCACGCGGCGGGGCUUCUGUAAAGAGGUCACAGCACGUGUGUCCCGGGACGCACACGGAUUCCUGCACAGGUGUGGCGGCUGCGGGUAGGGACCGAGCGGGCUCGCAGGCCUUCUCCCCGGCGGGCAGCGGCUCCGCUUCUCCUUCCUGCUGUUCACUUCAUCUCCUCAUCUACAUGUGUGACAGCGGCGCGCGGACUGGGGAAGGACAGAGCGCCCUCUCCCCUGCUCCGGUGCCGCCGGGCGGGGACUCCGGGCUCCCCUGUGAUGCGUCGUCUGCGCCUCGCCGCCGCGCUCCCCGGGCCUGGCAACGGACAGGCGCGGACGCCGCCGGACCGCUGAGACUCGGGGCAAGGUGAAGCGCUGGCCGGCGUCUGGCCGGAGCCGGCGCUUGGGAGCUCGAUGGAGGUGGCGAGAGGGGCCAGGUAGCCGGUGGACCCCCGCGCUCGCACCUCCCCCGGCGCCUGGGCGCUCCCUGAGGCUGCCAUGGAGGUGCCUAACGUCAAGGACUUCCAGUGGAAGCGCCUGGCGCCACUGCCCAGCCGCCGGGUCUACAGCUCCCUUCUGGAGACCGGGGGCCAGGUCUAUGCCAUCGGGGGAUGUGACGACAACGGCGUCCCCAUGGACAGCUUCGAAGUCUACUCCCCCGAGGCCGACCAGUGGACCACCUUGCCCCCGCUGCCCACAGCCCGGGCGGGGGUGGCCGUCACCGCCCUGGGGAAGCGGAUCAUGGUGGUUGGGGGCGUGGGCACCAAUCAGCUGCCCCUGAAGGUCGUGGAGAUGUACAACAUCGAUGAGGGCAAGUGGAAGAAGAGAAGCAUGCUGCGCGAGGCCGCCAUGGGCAUUUCUGUCACGGCCAAAGAUUACCGAGUGUAUGCAGCAGGUGGGAUGGGCCUGGACCUCCGUCCACACAACCACCUCCAACACUAUGACAUGCUCAAGGACAUGUGGGUGUCACUAGCACCCAUGCCCACCCCGAGAUAUGCUGCCACCUCCUUCCUCCGAGGCUCCAAGAUCUAUGUGCUUGGGGGACGACAGUCCAAGUACGCGGUCAACGCCUUCGAGGUCUUUGACAUUGAGACUCGCUCCUGGACCAAGUUCCCCAACGUUCCCUGUAAGCGGGCCUUCUCCAGCUUUGUGAUCUUGGACAACCACUUGUACAGCCUGGGAGGCCUGCGGCAAGGUCGCCUCUACCGACAGCCCAAGUUCCUGCGGACGAUGGACAUGUUUGACAUGGAGCAGGGAGGAUGGCUGAAGAUGGAACGAUCGUUCUUCCUCAAGAAGCGGCGGGCAGACUUUGUGGCUGGUGCUCUGAAUGGACGGGUCAUAGUCGCUGGGGGACUCGGGAACCAACCCACUGUCCUGGAGACGGCAGAAGCAUUCCACCCAGGGAAGAACAAAUGGGAGAUCCUCCCUGCCAUGCCCACACCCCGCUGUGCGUGCUCCAGCAUAGUCGUCAAGAACUGCCUCCUUGCCGUGGGAGGUGUCAACCAGGGUCUGAGUGACGCGGUGGAAGCCCUGUGUGUCUCUGACUCCUAGCUGCCCCUGGGCCCAGCAUCUUUGCCCUGGACCAUAUCACUUCAUGCUUGACACAAGGAAUGAUCUUGUCCAAGCAGUCGGGGCUACUUCCCAGAAUGUCAGCUCCUGUUAGUAGCCAAUGGCAUCUGGCCUUGGGGCUCUAAGUGACCUCUCUAUAGCUCCAAAUCCAACCAAUGUCAGAAAACUGUAAGAGGCGCAGAUGGUUCUACCAGCUGCAGAGCUGACUCUGAAGAGAGUCUCCACUUACUGCACUGGCACAGAAAGGCACAUGAUUAUCUCCCUCCUAUGAGUCCCACCUCCCCUGACCCCCGUCUCCAGGAGGCAGCUAGAGCAGUUCUGACUGUGAGGAUCAGCUGCUAUUGCUCUUUCCCCAGCUCUGAACUACGGUAAAGGUCUCUUAGGAUGAAACAUGGAGAAUGAUUGGGGCGGGAGUUCCAAAUCUCUUUCUUCUCCCUUGGUUUAUAUCUCUUCACCAUUUGGUGGUCAGCUGUGGACCUGCCCUGGACCUCAUCUACUCAGCGAGAACUGGACAUGAAGCUAGAGGCAGCUGCCUUGGAAGGGAAGUCGGGCUCACAUGGACGGCCCAGACCAUACCAGGAAGAAUCCCUUCGUCUUGGAAGGGGCUCUAAGUGAGGAGGAAGGGGCGGUCUCCCAGCCCUAGGUCUGCUCCCCACAUCUCUCCUAAUUCCACUUCACUUCACCUUCUGCCACCCCCUCCCCACCAGAGGCCUAGCCCUUCGGUCACCGAAGGCCCCCAGAGUGUCUCUGUGUGAAACCCUCUCAUUUACACUGUGGCAUCAAAAUCCACAAAAGAUGGAUUAAUUGCACUCUGGUUAAUAGCAGCAGCACAAUGAUUAAAAUCUAUAUUCCUAUCUUCUCUAGCACCCUGGUGUGGGGGUGGAGCAAAAGGGUGUCUUGAGGAGCAGGAAGGACCGCACAAAACAAUCUCUCGGGCAUUCUCAGGCUAAGUAGGGCACCCAGUGACCAUCUGUUCUUGGCUGUCCCCUCUGAAGAGCUCUGCCUCCUCACAGCCACCACCAGCAGCCCGGCUCCCAGGCAAACAGCACAUAUUCUUCUCUUGCACUGAGACUGCAUGUUAGUCUUCCAUUCAGAACCCAUCAUCAGCUCAGUCCUUCCUGUGUCUAGUCUCAGUUCAUUCAGCCAAAGCUCACUUUUGUCCUAUCCAAAGUAGAGAGGAAACUGCUCACUGAUUUUCUUUUAAAAACUUGAAGAAUGUGCCUCCUCUUAGCAUCUGUUUCUGACUCCCAGUUAUUUUUAAAAGCUGUGCUAGCACUGGGGACACAAAGAUGAAUAAAAUGCCUGCCCUGAAGAGUU